UGCUAGAGGAAAAACUUUCAGUCCGUCUCAUCUGGUGCACCAGAGCUGCACAAAAUGCAAACCACCGGGCGUUUAGCAAGCAGAGACCGGUACUCUCGUGACGUAUAUUAAUUUCUGACGCGAAAUGAGAUAGAAGGCGACUUGAACUUACAUCCACGGCUCAGUGAGGACAAAUAACUAACGUUAGCCUGUGUUUAGUGUGUGUGUUUAAGUGUGUGCGUUUGUGUGCGUGUUAGAGGGCUCGCGCAGUCUCACUGCUACAAAUUACAUUACCGCUCGUUUGAACAGCACAGACUCCUUCAGAGCUUAUUUGAGUCUUUCUAAGGACAUGAGGUGGUUUGGCAGCACAGUCAUGCCAACGUUGAGUCCGUGAUUGAGUAGCUGUGCUCCAGGCCAGCAGACGGCCACAGCAUGUCCAGUUCGGGCUUUCCCCCCAGCCAGGGGUCCUUCAGCAGCGAACAGAGCCGUUACCCUCCACACUCAGUGCAGUACACCUUUAGCUCCACACGCCAUCCACAGGAGUUCACAGUUCCAGACUACCGCAACCCCCUGCAGGACCAGCAGCGUCGCAGACCUUCACUACUGUCUGAAUUUCACCCUGGCACCGAGAGGCCACCGGAGCGCAGACUUGGUUAUGAACAGCAGUUCCAUGCCAUCUCAGCUCAACAGGAGCAGGAGGCUCUCGAAAGCAAACGUCCCCGCAUAGAGAAUGUGUCCGAUACACACUUUUCAAGGUCUCAGCCCACGAGCAUCAUACUGCCCUCUCAACACACCCUACAGGACAGCAUCAGGACCACCGCAGAUGUCAAGAGGGAAAGUCAGUUUGGUGUGAAGGUGGAGGCCUCGUCCCCAGGUGGAGUUCCACAGGUGGGUGACGAUGCAGAUACUUCGCCCUCCAAACUCUCCAAGGAGGAGUUGAUUCAGAGCAUGGACCGCGUCGACCGUGAGAUUGCCAAGGUCGAGCAGCAGAUUUUCAAGCUGAAAAAGAAACAGCAACAACUGGAGGAGGAGGCAGCAAAGCCGGUAGAGCCAGAAAAGCCAGUGACGCCGCCUCCUGUGGAACACAAACAUCGCAGCAUCGUCCAGAUCAUUUAUGACGAAAACCGGAAAAAGGCAGAGGAAGCCCAUAAGAUUCUGGAGGGGUUGGGGCCUAAAGUGGAGCUGCCUCUGUACAACCAGCCCUCUGACACUAAAGUCUACCAUGACAACAUUAAGACGAAUCAGGUGAUGAGGAAGAAGCUGAUUUUGUUUUUCAAGAGGAGGAAUCAUGCACGCAAACAGAGGGAGCAGAAAAUUUGCCAGCGGUAUGAUGAACUCAUGACAGAGUGGGAGAAAAAAGUUGAGCGUAUGGAAAACAACCCACGCCGUAAAGCCAAAGAGAGCCGCACGCGAGAAUACUACGAGAGGCAGUUUCCUGAGAUCCGCAAACAGCGCGAGCAGCAGGAGCGUUUCCAGAGGGUUGGCCAGAGGGGGACAGGCCUGUCUGCCACCAUCGCAAGAAGUGAACAUGAGAUUUCUGAAAUCAUUGACGGCCUCUCGGAGCAGGAGAACAAUGAGAAGCAGAUGAGGCAGUUGUCCGUCAUUCCUCCCAUGAUGUACGAUUCUGAGCAGCGGAGAGUGAAGUUUAUUAAUAUGAACGGUCUGAUGGAUGACCCCAUGAAGGUCUACAAGUCCCGCCAGUUCAUGAAUGUCUGGACCGAACACGAGAAGGAGAUCUUUAGGGAGAAGUUUGUGCAGCAUCCCAAGAACUUUGGGCUGAUCGCCUCAUUUCUGGAGAGGAAGUGUGUGUCUGAUUGUGUGCUGUACUACUAUUUGACUAAGAAAAGUCAAAACUAUAAAACGCUUGUCAGACGAAAUUUUGGAAACCGCAGACGACGGAAUCAGCAGAUAACACGACCUUCACAGGAAGACAAGACAGAAGACAAGAACGAAGAGGACAAAUCAGAGAAAACCGAGAAGAAAGAGGACGAGGAGAAAAAGGAAGAGGAGGAGAAAGAUGAAAAAGAGGACUCUAAGGACAUCAGUAAAGAUAAAGAGAAGUGUGAGGGAGAGGAGGAAGAGGGUAAGGAGCAGAGCACACCACGUGGCCGAAAGACCGCAAACAGCCAGGGCCGCCGCAAGGGCCGCAUCACCACUCGCUCCAUGGCCAAUAAUGAGGCUGCAUCUGUGGUGGCUGAAGACCCACCUCCACCACCACCUGAACCAGUUCUGCCAGAGCCAGCACCCCCUUCUAAACCUGAGCUGACACAGAAACCAGCUCGAGAGCCCGCAAAACCCUCUCCUGCAGCCAGCGCAGACACACGAGGCGCAGUUGAAGCUGGAGAGACGUCUCGCUGGACGGAGGAGGAGAUGGAGAUCGCCAAAAAAGGUCUGGUUGAACAUGGCAGGAACUGGCCAGCCAUUGCUAAGAUGGUAGGCACUAAGAGUGAAGCUCAAUGCAAGAACUUUUACUUCAACAACAAGAGACGAUACAACCUAGAUAAUCUACUGCGGCAACACAAGGGCUCCCGGCGGCUUCGUGGAAAUCGAGACCCCUCGCAGAGUGAUCCAGUGCCUGAUGACGAUGAGGAGAGUGAUGGUCCCGAUAACAGUUCAGACACAGAGAGUGCGCCUUCUCCAACUCAAACUGAUCCCUCCAAACCCUCAGACUCGCUAUCUCAUCCAAGUUCAGCAGUGGAUGGCGGAUCAGACCAGGACGUCACUGCAGCCAAAGGCCCGGUGGCAGAUGCCAAAGGCCAGGAGGCUCCGUACGGCGAGCUGAAGGUGAAAAUUGAGAAGAGUCCAGAAGGAGGAGCUGGAGAUGUGCUUCCUCAGGAUGAUCGAGCACGCUCAGCUUAUGAAAUGCAGAUCCAUCCAAAGAGCGAACCGCAGGAUGUGGAGAUGACUUCUCCGAGCACUGAUAGGGCACAGGUGCAGGUCAAGACGGAGCCAGAGGUUAAGGACAAGGAGGAGCGACAGGGGGAGCAGCAGCACUCCGAUAAUGACUCCAGCGCCACCUGCAGUGCCGACGAGGACGUGGAGGCUGAACCUGACCGACAGAGACUGUACUCUCUGGAGAAGCCAUCACUGCUUGGUCCUUCAGGCUCAGUGGUUGUGUCCUCAGCCAAACUCCUCAACAUGCAGCAAAUACAGCAGCGGGCCGCCACCAUCCCCCCUAUGGUUUCAGCUCCAUUCAGUCACAGUGGUGUACCUGGCGGUCCGAUGAGCGGGUUUGCUAUGUUCCAGCACCAAAUCAAAGCUGUGCACGAGUCUGUGCAGGAGGACAAACAGAGACUAGACCAGAGCGAGUCUGACCGCAGAACGCGUGUCACAACACACAGCCCCACAGUUCUGGACAGAGAAGGCAAACCCUUCGCUUAUAUGCCAUAUGACCUGAAGCUGAUGGAGCAGGAAGCUCUUGGUGGAGCAGGCAGACCAGGCUCACCAUACAGACUUUCUCCUCGGGAGCCUAGCAAAGCCUCUCCACAACCUGAUGGCAGUAAUGCUGCACGCUACAGUGUUCCUCCGGUUCUUCAGCCGGCACCAAACCAGGCAGUCCAGACUGUUUCAGAUGUCCGCAUGACGUUCUCACGGCACAGGCCGCCAAACAUUCCUUCUCCUCCACCCCUCAUUCACACCUCCAAACCCACAGACAAGCCCUCCUUCAUUCAGGGCGGCUCCAUUUCGCAGGGUACGCCAGGAACAUACCUUCCUCCUCAAUCACACGCGGUGUACAUACCCGAGGUGGUCAAGACCACAGGAGGGUCAAUCUCACUCGGCUUGCCAAGACAACAAGACCCUGCCAAACCUGUGUCAUACAUUAAGCAAGAGGAGUGUUCUCCACGUGGACAGAGUGCUCAGGCGGAGGGUCUCUUAUCUAGAGCUCAGUAUGACGGAGUGGUCAGAGGAGGACCCAUGCAGAUUCAGGACAUGAGAGGAACCCCUGGAAAAAGCCAAGAGGGCUUGCCCUUCAGAGGAGGAUCCAUUACACAGGGCACUCCUGCACUGACUCAGUCCAAUGUAGCAGCAGAACUUUUGAAGGGCACUAUUGCUAAACUGGCCACAGAGGACCAGAGCAGUCCAGAGAAGAGUCGAGCAGAAGCUCAUUCCAAAGCUCACGUCAUCUAUGAAGGCAAAAGUGGACACAUCCUCUCCUUUGACGCCAUUAAGAACCCUAGAGAGGGCACAAGAAGCCCACGCAUGGGGCACGAUCUCAAGCGCACAUAUGACAUCAUGGAGGGAUCACGUGGACACACACCACGUGAGACUACACCUUAUGAAGGUUUGAUUUGCAGAACUCUGAGGGAAAGUCCACACGAGUCGAAGGAUCGACCCAUGCUUGCAGGAUCCAUAAUGCAAGGAACACCAAGAGCCUCUACUGAAGUCUAUGAUGAGGCCUCCAAAUAUGGCAAACAGAUCAAGAGAGAGAGUCCACCCAUACGCUCUUUUGAAGGCGGCAUCACAAAGGGUAAACCAUACGAAGGUGUUAACACCAUAAAGGAGAUGGGCCGCUCUAUUCAUGAGAUCCCCCGCAAGGAAACCCAAGAUAGCCGCAAAACUCCUGUUCUAGAAGGGUCUAUUACUCAGGGUAUUCCUCUGAAGUACGAGGGCAGUACUGUGAACCCAUCUGCCAUCAAGCACAAUGUUAAAUCUCUAAUCACAAGCCCAGUGAAGAUCUCACACUCUGCCAUUGAGGCGGCCGAGCGCGAGAGGGCCAAGUAUGAGGAUGCAAAGGCAUCUGAGCGUGUCCGGCACACUUCUGUAGUAAACUCCACAUCUGUCCUGCGCUCAACUCAUGCAGAGGCGGGAAAGGCUCAGCUCAGUCCAGGCAUGUAUGAUGACAGCAAUGCACGGAGAACACCUACAUACAGCAGCACCUCCAUACCCAGAGGAUCACCCCUGCUGCGAGGGCAAGAGGGAAGUAUAACAACAGGCAAACCAGUUUCUCAUGAAAGGAAGAGUGCACUGACCCCCACCCAAAGGGAUAGUGUUCCUGCCAAAUCGCCUGUAUCUGGAGCUGACCCUCUUGGCUCUCACAGCCCAUUUGACCCUCACCACAGACCUGUGGUACCUGGAGAGGUCUACCGGACUCACCUGCCGCCACACCUGGACCCCACCAUCGCCUUUCACCACAGAGUCCUGGACCCAGCGUACAUGUUCCCACGGCAACCAUCGCCAACUGGAUACCCCAACACUUACCAGCUGUAUACUAUGGAGAACACUCGGCAAACCAUCCUGAAUGAUUACAUCACGUCACAGCAGAUGCAGGUCAUACCACGGCCUGAUGUUGCCAGGGGACUAUCGCCACGUGAACCGUCUAUUGCCAUCCCCUACCCGCCACCUAGAGGAAUAAUUGAUCUAGCCCAGAUGCCACCUACCAUCCUGUUACCUCACCCUGGGGGGACAGGUUCCCCCUCCCUGGACCGCAUCACCUACAUCCCUGGACCUCAGACCCCUUUCCCUCCUAGGGCAUUCAACCCUGCCUCCAUAUCUCCAGGACAUCCGGCUCAUCACAGUGCCACUGCAGCCAUAGUGGAGCGGGAGACUCAGAGAGAGAAGGAGCGGGAGAGAGAGAGGGAAAGAGAGCGAGAAAGAGAGCAGAGAGAACGGGAGCGUGCAGCGGUAGAAUAUAUGCGUGGGGGUCCUGAGCAGCCUGUCCGACCAGGCAGCCGCAGUUUCCUUCGCUCCACCUCUCCGUCUGUAAGGGCACAGGACGGUGUCCUCCAGCAGCGGCCGAGCAUCUUCCAGGGCACUAACUCCAAGAGCGUCAUUACCCCACUCAUGCCAAUGCAGUCACAAGCAGCUGCAGCUCAAGCAAACUCCCGAUACAACAACGCUGCUGAUGCCCUCGCUGCCUUGGUGGAUGCUGCUGCCGCUGCACCACAAAUGGAUGUAGCAAAAGUCAAGGAUGGCAAGCACAGUAACAGUAGCUCGCGAGAUGAUGAAGUGAUGUCAUCACGCCGGGCAGCACAAGAGUCACAGGAGCUGGAGCGCCGUUCCAUGCAGUCACCAUACGGAGACAUGUCACUUCCUGGCGGAAAACCUUCCCAAUCGGUGUAUGCUGAGGGUGGAGGAGCCGCAGGGAGCAAAGAGAAAGCCCCGCCCACAAAAUCACGCAUGGAGGAGGAGCUGCGCACACAUGGAAAGACCACCAUAACAGCUGCAAACUUCAUUGACGUCAUCAUCACACGGCAGAUCGCCCCAGAUAAAGACUCCCGAGAGAGAGGCUCACAGAGCUCCGACUCCUCUAGCAGCAUGUCAUCUAGCCGUUAUGAUGCUCAGGGAGGAAUUGAGGUAAUCAGCCCAGCGAACUCUCCAGCCCUAAGAGAAGAGAAGAGCGAAGGAUCCUUCCCAUCUGAAAAGAGCUCUCAGCUGCCCACAGGAAUGUCAUUUGGCCGGUACAGACAGCCCGGGGAUUCAGGACCAUCUGCACCCCAGCCGCCCCCCUCCUCACAAUCAGACAGUUAUGGCUCUGUCCCAAAAACACACCGCAUCAUGACGCUCGCUGACCACAUUUCGCAUAUCAUUACCCAGGACUUUGCCAAGAGCCAGGACACUCCCCCAUCGUCCACUUCACUGCCUUCCUCCUCUUCUUCGCUCUCCUCCACAUUCCAGAGCUCUGGUGUUGGAGGUGUUGUGGGUCGAGUAAAAGCCCUGAACCGCUACAGUCCAGAAAAUCCAGCCUCUGCUGCUCACCACCAGAGACCAGCAAGCAGAGUAUCCCCUGAAAACCCCUCCGAUAAACCAAGAGCCAGGCCAGGCAGGUCUCCUGAUCGAGGUCGAGGACUGGAGAGCUAUGAGCCCAUCUCUCCUCCUCAGGGUUAUUCUGGGAUGGAUAAACAGGAGGCCAGUGUGCUGCAGAGUCAAAGACGAGAGCAGGAUCUUCCUGAACAGAGGACUGACUCACGCUCCCCAGGCAGUGGCAUUUAUCUGCCCUCGUUUUUCACAAAACUGGAGAGCACAUCUCCUAUGGUUAUGUCCAAAAAGCAGGAGAUUUGUCGCAAAGCAGAAGUCGGUAACGCUCAACCAGGCACAGAGAUCUUCAAUCUCCCAGCAGUAACAACAUCAAGCAGUGUAAACCCUAGAAACCACUCAUUCAGUGAUCCAGCUAGUAAUCUGGGUCUAGAGGACAUCAUCAGGAAGGCUCUCAUGGGGAACAUGGAGGAAAAGCAGGAGGACCAGCAGCAGCAGCAAACCCUGAUGAACACGGCAAACUCCUCAGGCAGCAUGAGCAGUAUUUCAGAGAGCCGGCAGGAGGCCAGCCCGUCACCUAACACAGCAGGAAAGCAGAAGCUUCAGAGCAAAGCAAGCAGCAGGAAAUCCAAGUCUCCCAACCCAGGCCAGGCAUACUCAGCUGGAGAGCGGCCCUCUUCUGUGUCCUCUGUCCAUUCAGAGGGCGAUUACCACAGACAGGCUCCCUCCUGGGCAUGGGAGGACAGGCCGUCAUCCACAGGUUCAAUGCAGUUUCCUUAUAACCCCCUGACGAUGCGCAUGCUCAGUAGUACCCCACCUUCUUCCAUGGCCUGCCCGUCUCCCUCCAUGCAAUCCCAGCAGCAGGCACAGGGAGGCACCGCAGGCCCCGUGGCUCCCGCACGAGCCUGGGAAAGAGAGCCGCCGCUGCUGUCAGAGCAGUACGAGACCCUCUCAGACAGCGACGACUGAGGCAGUGACCCCACCCCUCUCCUUUACACGCAACCACGUCCCGCUCCUGCUCACCAUCGCCCUUCUUUCACUGUCUUCAUGAAUCCCACUCACUGCCACUGGAGGGUGAGAUUCAGCUGCGAAGGAGGGACCCACGUUUGGUGCUACUUUGGUGCCCACUGGUGGUCAGAGAGAGUAUUGCUGAGAGCCUCUGAUUGAAUCCGACUCUUUGAUAUUUUUGGCCCGUUUGGGGAUUGAAAACUAGAUCUAAUCCCAAGUGAAUAGAGACGAAGGAUGAAGAACUUGUAAAGAACCUUGUUUGCUGAAAAUUUGUUUCUGUAAAGAUUUUUUGUCUUUGAAAAAGAAAAAAAAUCAAUGUAUGUAAAUAGAGUAACCUUUUGCAGUGUUUUUCCUUUAACUCUUAUUUUCCCUGCGUUUUUAACAUUGCUUUUUAAAUCUUUCCCAGUUUGAUGGAUGACUGGGUGGAUGGAUGGAUUGAUGGUUGGAUGGAUGAAUGGAUGAAUGGGUGAAAGGAAACACUGUGGCGCAUUUAGUGUUCAGCUGAGGUAAGAGCAUUGAGCUUUCCACAUCUGAAAGUAAUGGUCUGAUGGAAACGAAACGCAAACAGACUUCAUUGCCUUUCCCCCUUCAGAUGCGGAGCCUGUGUGUGUGUGUGCAGCACUGUUGACGUCUUUCCAUUUGUUACUGUAGGGAGGAAUCACAAUCGUUCAUCAACUCUUCUAAGAGGACUCAAUGAAAGGCGCCAUCAGCCUUUUCUGUUUUUCAGAUUGACAGUGAAGCUUCAGACAUGAGAUGAAUGUUCAGUUUUUCUGGCUUUUCUUUUCAGCUUGGUCUUUAGCAGUGGCCUGUUGCAGAUCUGUGCAGUGUUUGGCCUACCAUUGAAUGUCUGGCAGUGUGACGCGACCCGUCAUCUUUACUUUGCUGACUGUUCUUUCAGGGCGUUUCUUACAGGUUUUAUGUGGUCUGCCAUUCUUCCCCCAGUAACUUCAUUUGCUUUUUGAAGAAUUUGUUUCUGGGGAAAAUUUGUAAAUCUUUUACUAAUGACAAAGGAGUCCAAAUGUGUGAUUUUUCUUUUUAUUUCUUCUUUUUUUUUCUCCCUAGACCACAAAACAAAAUGCAAAGACAAAAAGAGGAAGUACCAAACUUGAUGCAUCUCUGCACCAUUGUUGCACUUUUUUUCCUUCGUAAUUUUGAAAAGCUUAAGAACAUACUACCUGUAAUCUAAGUUAUUCAAUGUCAUGCAGAGGUCUGGAACGCUUUCAGAUAUAUUCAUGUACCAAUCACUUACUCCAUUUUUGACUUUUUUUUGUUUGGAUUAAGCGUAUAAAAUCGGUACCGUUUAUCUCAGCGGCUGCCGAGUGGUGGCUCUCAUUCAUUCAGAGAUCUGAAAGUCUCCGUGUCUGAAAGUGAAUAAGCUCAGUUUUAGUUACAUGCAGAAGUAGUUCAAUGUUAUGAAAGCUAAUGGAGGUCCCUGAUAUCUGAAGACAUCUUGCUAUCCUGCUUUUUCUGCACUUGUUGUGCUUCUGCUUGGUUUCAGUAACGCCACCCGUCUGAUCUUUAUUUGAAAUAUGGUUUUGUUUCUUCAGAAGUUUUAAAAACAAUGUCGAGCUCAUGUUUGGUUUUUUCCACAUUCUUAUUUUCUGUCAUUUUCAGCAUCAAUGUUAUAUUCAUCCUGUUUAACAGGGUGUCAAGUGUUUACAGUGGGGUUGACAAAAUGGUGAAACUUGAAUCUUAAAGAAAUUGAAAAUUGCUCAUCAUGUCAGUCUAUUUUACAGUCCAGCUUUGCAAGGGCGACUUCCUUUUUUUCUGGUCCGUUUUGAUUCGGGACUUGGAAAAAAGUGUCCCCUGAUGUUGAAAUCCAAUGUUUGUAUCACUCUGUCGUCUCAAUAGAUGGAUGAGAAAUGUGCAGACCAAUCAAUAAAGUAGAACAGAGCUCCACCUCUCUGAAACUG